CGGAGAGGUUUCAAAACUUUGUAGAAGUGCCUAUAUUAUAAUUUAUGUUCUGUUCACUUUGUAAAAUUUUGUAUGGAGUAUAGGUAAACACCAUGGAUCAUCACAUAGCAAUUGAAAAACACCACUUUAAUAAUUCAAAUAUGUCUCUGGAAGAAAUCAGUGAACAAGAAUUGAAAAGGCAUGAGCAUCUUAGGCAACAUGAAAUUCAUAAAGGGCAUGACGCGAUGCAUGCUGAAAUGAUUAUUAUUUUAUUUAUUACACUGAUUGGAGCUCAAGUUAUUCUAGUUGAAUGGAAAAGAAGACACCAUAGAUCUUACCAACUAAUCACCUUAGCUGGAAUGUGGAUUAUACCUCUUGGAUUAAGUUUGAAAAAUUCCUGGUGGAGGUUUAUAUUUUUAUGGCUUUUGUUCACUUGUAUAACAGCCUUAAUAGUCAAGAAAGCUGUAGAGACUCCAAUUGAAAAAACUACCCCAAGGUUAGUUUAUAAAUGGUUUUAUUUCAUUUAUAAACUGAGUUAUGCUCUUGGUUUAGUGGGAUAUUGUUUAAUGGUAAUAGCUGUGUCAGGUCUCAACACGAUUAUUGGUAUUAAAGCUGAAACGAUGAUGGAUUUUGGAGUAUUAUGUUUGUUUUAUGGUCUUUACUAUGGAGUUUUGGGACAGGAUAUAGCAGAAAUAUCAAGUGAUAAAAUGGCUUCACACAUUGGUUACUAUUCCAAAGAAGGUAUACCUAGUAGAUCUUUAGAUGAAAAUGUUUGUGCUGUCUGCAGCAAUAAACUCCCACAUAUUGCUAAUGAUGAUGGAAACAAAGAAAAAACAUACAGACUUUCUUGUGAUCAUGUAUUCCAUGAAUUCUGUAUUCGAGGCUGGUGCAUUGUUGGUAAGAAACAAAUCUGUCCUUACUGCAAAGAGAAAGUUGAUCUAAAACAAAUGUUUAGAAAUCCGUGGGAAAAACCUCAUGUUCUGUAUGGAAGUUUACUAGAUUGGAUUAGGUGGCUCAUUGCUUGGCAACCUGUGAUAUUAUGUAUUGUUAGAGGGAUUAAUUAUGUGCUAGCAUUAGAAUAGUUUAAAUAAUUACCUUUUAAUUAACUUGAGUAUUUUAAGAAGUGUCUUGAACUGUUAAUUAAUUUCUUUAUAAUUUGCAAUCUAUAUAAGGAUUCCUUUAUAAUUGUUUAUGGUUAUAAAUAAUAGUCCACUCAGCCUGUACUUUGAAUAAUAAUAAAGUGUAAAAGAUGAAGAUAAUAAGGGUAUUAUGUAAUUUUUCAUUUUUUAACUUUCAAUCAUUCGGAUCAUUACGAGGAAUGAGAAUCUAAAGAUUACUAAAUGAAUUACAAUAUUUGUAAUUUAUAUCAUAAAAAGUAUUGGAUAAAUCCACUGUUUUAUAAUAUUUAUGAAUUGAGCGUGGGGACACUAAAGGAGAUGAAAUACAAUUUUCAGGAAACUCGGAACUCUAAUAAUCUAUAUUCAGAGAAAUAUUCUCUCUCGCAACCCAAAUUUGUAACAUAAAAUUCGAUUGGAUUUUAUACGAUUUGAGGGGUAAGAUUGCAACACCUGGAAAAUAGAGUUAGAAACUUUGAAAAAUGUUAAAAAUAGAAAAAUAACAAACAAUUAAUUUACCUCCUUUGUCAUCUCCAAACCUCAAUUAUCAGUUAUCGUUUCAAUCUCUCUUUUCAGUAGCAAAAGAGAGAUAAACUUUCAUAUUGCUCUCAUCUCAUACACAGUACUAUUUAUGUCAAAUGUAUUAUCUUAUUUGGUAUUUAAAAGUUUUUCCAAAAACAAAAUUAAAAUAUUUUACAUGAAUUUACUUUUCUUUUAAUUAUGAAUAGUUUAAAGUUUAUUGUAUAUUCAACUUUAAAUUUUAAAAUUAAUAUUGUUUUCGAUGAUUCGUCAUUAGUAUCAUUGUAAACCAGAUUAUUUUUAUUUUACAUUUGUAAAUCAUAAGAUAUUUCAUUUACUGGUUUGUUAAUCAUGCUACAACUUUAACAUUUAUACCUGCUUAAUUUAUUAAACUGUUUAAAACAAUUUUUUUAUGAUCCCUUUUAAAAAAUAAAACUAUUUCUGAAUAUUUUAUAUUAGCAAAUUUUCUUUUACCCAAGUAUAGAAGAAUUGGGGAGUUCCUGGGAUUUAAUUUUCGCAGGAGAUUUGAUUUUGGAUCUUCAACAGCCUUAACUAAGCGACCGAUGUAACCUUAACGAUUUUAAUUUAUCCUGGUUUGUAUUUUUUCAAUUUUGUGUUCGACAAUUUGGGACCUGUUUCAUUACUCGCAACGUAUCUACCUCACAUACAUAUAUUGUACCAUUCUACAAAGAUACCUGUUUAUGUUGAAACCUGUUUCAUGCUGUCUAACAUACAUACAUAUAUUAUAACGACGAAAUAUAUACAUAUAUUGUAAGUUAGGAGUUUUAGGGCGAUACAUGUUUCUAUUAUUACGCCUGUAGAAUUUCUACUAGUGACAUAAUCAUCCUUUCGUUUGUAUAAUAUUUUUUUACAUAGUUGAAUAGUCUUAUUUUCAAAUUAACCAGUAUGCUGUGUGUCUAGCGACCCAAUAUAAUUGGGCAGCAAACUUUUAUAUUUUAUAUGGAAAUAAAGUGUUUCACUCCAGGUUAUGUUUACAUUUAAGAUUUAAAUUCACAUUCGUAAUUUUUUUUUAAAUAUAUAACCUCUACUAAAGAAAUAAUAAACUUAAUUUAAUAAAACAAUUUGGCCUACUAUUAUAUUUAUGGGAAUUUCAUCCAAAUCAAAUCUUAUUAUGAAUGUCAAUUUCUGUUAUUAUAAGUUAAUUCACUGUAUCCAGUGAAUUUCGAUUAUUUGCCAGUAAUUGAUACAACGUUCUGGGGAGUCCCCUUGAAGAGAAAGCCACUGUGUAUUGUGGACAUUCCUCGAUGAGGUAUUUAAUAGUGAAUGGAGUAUAGCACCAUUUACACUUCACUACUUCUUCUAUAUUAAUUAGGUAAACAUGGGUGAGACGCGAGCCACCUCUUCUUAGCCUGGGAAUUACCACCUCUUUUCUUCUUUUACCUCUCACUCAGCUUUUUCAUAAUCGUGUAGUGCUCUUGGUUCCUCGUAGCUUAUUUUGAGAGGAAACACGUUCCCAGAAGCCUUGUCAAUCAUUACAGACCAUGUUCCUUAACCAUUUAUUAAUGUCUUGGUCUUGAAAUACUUCUAUUUGCGGGUUAUUCAUUUUUGAUCCCUCUUUUAGCAGCCAUCCAACAAACAAAACACCAUGCUUCCGAUUUCGGCAAUGUUUAAUAAAAUGUAAAACAAAUGCAUAAACCCUUUGGAACUUUAAAAGGCUCGAUACUUUUUCAGGCAGAACGGGUGGAGGUUAUAUAUGGUAAAUAGGCCAGCCAGAAGUAGGCAACGUAAUAAAUGCCAGGCCGUUCCAAUAAAGAUCGUGAGAAAGUAUCUGGUGUGGUGAGAGGGCUCUCGAUAAGCAAUCGGCUGAAUUUUUUUUUUGUAGGAAUAUAGUGCGAACAACUGGGUUUUGUUACUUCUAAAAUCUGGACUACGCGAUUGGCAACAUAAAUCUUAAGUUCAUAAGGCGGUGUCUGUAACCAAUAGAGUACGUUAUGAGAAUCCGAGAAACAAUAUAUUUCAUUAAUACGCAAAACACUUUUAAGUUCACCAAUACUCGCAAGUAGUCUGAAGGCAAGAAAAGCAGCAUUUAAUUCCAAACGAGGCACUGAUUGAACCUUAAGUGGGGCCACCUUACUUUGUGCUCUUAACAAAUGAAUUUUGAUAGAAUACUAUAUUUAGUUUGCCAACCUUUGUUUAAGCAGUUGUCUAAAUAUGAUUAGGGGCUUUUACUUUAUAUGAAUAUAAAUAUAAUGAACAUAUUUUUUAAUAUUAAGAUUUAGUCUUUUGUUUUUUAUAAAAUAAAAUAGAUUAUAAUUCAAGAAGAAAUGCCAGAAAUAAAAAAUAAAUACAAUAUAAUUUGAAACAACAAAUUUGAUUAUGACUACUUUCUUGAGAAUGUUGUGUAGCAAGAGUUUCGGCGUCAUUAUUAAUUUCGUUGUCACGGGCUUCUGGUAAUGCGUUUCCUAAUUCAUUUAUUAGUUCUCGAUAUUCUGAAGUAUUUGGGAAGAGCAUUGGUUCAUCAUUAUUAAUUAGUUUGUCAAUAUCAAUGUCCAUAUCUUCUAUACCAUUAAGAUCAUAUAUUUUAGUAUUGUUUUCAAUUUUAACUCUGCUUAGUGCGUCCGGGACUUGGUUUGUUCUACCUUCUACAUAUUUUAUCUCGAAAUUAAAUUCAGUUAAAAGAAAUAUCCAUUUCAUAAUACGAGUGUUAUUAUUUUUCAUGGAGAAUAUCCAUUGAAGGGGUUUAUGAUCUGUUUGAAAAGUAAAAUGUUGUCCGUAAAGAUAGGGUUUAAAAUGUUUACAGGCGUAAACUAUGGCAAACAAUUCUUUUUCUAUUGUAGAAUAUCUAGAUUCUGUGCUAGAUAAUGUUUUGAGGCAAAAGCUAUAGCAUUGUAGCGGCAACUGAUUCCCGCAUCUUACUACAGGGGACAACUAGUUCACCUACCUGUUGCCAGGCAGAGCCAUACAAGCUCGCCCAACAAUGUACCAAAAAUUGUAUUUUUAUUUCUUAUUUUUAUAUGAUAAAAUACUCAAAUUGUAAAUUGAAAUAUGUAUACACAUUGUAAAUAUUUUUUAUUAAUAAAGUUUAAUGGCGAUAACAUAUACUGAUCAAAGCUUAAAAAUAACUGUUAUUGUAACGGCUCUUGAUAGCCGAUUUAGUUUAGGCGGAAUAAAUACCGCAGGUAAACUUCAAAUUGUCAGAUCUUCGGAUCUCCACCCCUUCAGGGUGUAGACCCUUACGCAAAUGAUCAUUAUAUGGUUCAUAUACGCUUUUUGUUCUCG